AGAAUUAAAAAACUACAAAAUAAAUAUUUAAGAAUAUUAUAAUAAUUUUAUUUUUAUGUGUAAUAUUUAAUAUUUCUCGAACUAAAUAUAAAUAAAUGAUUGCAAAAUUGACUUCUGAUAAAUGUCUGAUCACAGAUUAUUUUUCAUUUUUUUUAAAUUACAUGUGAUAUUAGUAUUUUAGCAAUUUUAUAUAAAUGAAUUAGUGUGCGGGUGGCGCAGUAUCAUUAACGCAUCCCUUAGAUUUUUUGUAUAAAUUUUUACAAAUCCCUGUGCUAAUAAUUAAAUUUCUUAAAAAUAUUUAUACAAAAUGAUUUUGUAUUUGUGAUAUAAUUAUUGACAUAUUUCAUUGUUUGUGAUAUAUAAUAUUAAUAUAAACAAACAAUAGGAUUUAUAAACAUAUUCAAUGGAGACAGAGAAUUCAGUUAUAUUGGAUACUUGCGAAAGUGACUCGGUUUUACUUCAGACUGUUAAAAAUAUUGUUAAUCAAGAUCAACAUAAUGAAAUAGAACCUGGAGAAGAAGAAUUCUUUUUAGUAACCGAUGUUGAAAAUGAACAUCAAAGAAAUAUGAAUAUUAGUAACGAAGAGUCUAUAUGUAAUCUAAACGAAUCUUUAGAAAGAAUGUCAUUGUCAAGAUUAUGUAGAACUUGCGCUAAAGUAUAUGACCACUUUGUUCCAAUAUUUGAAGGAGAAGGCAUGGAAUAUUCAAUAUGUGAUAAAAUACACAGAUAUUUACCUAUACAUAUUUCUGAGAAUGACACACUACCUUUGAAUUUAUGUUAUCAUUGUGCAGCCAUGUUAUUAACAUGGCACGGAUUCAUAGAAAGAUGUAUGAAUGCAGAACGCAAAUUACUUGAAAUACAAAACUCAUUUGAAAACAAGCAAUACUUUCAACCACAGUCAACUUAUGAAUCAGAAAUUCUACCAGAAAUGAAUUUACCUAAUGUCACAGACAAAAAUUUUCCCAGUCAAGAAAAUGAAGUUAAAAAUGAGGCACAUAAAGAAGAAGCUGCUAAUUAUUUAAGCAGAUCCAGUGGCAAUCGGACAACAUUUAAAAUGUUUCUGGAAAUGCACAAUAUAUUUUGGAAGCCGUAUAAAAAGAGAUGCCAGCUACAGCAAAAGAAAUCAAAUGCGGGAGGAGAUUGUAAUUCUGUUUGGAUAGCUGUAAUGGAUACAACGCUUGACCAUCAUUCUUCGAUAUCCGAUCUACAACAGAAUAAUGAUGUAGAAGUAAAAAAAGAAAUAUCAGAAGAGUACAAACAAAAUAAUGCCACAAUUAUGGAUCGUGAAGAAAAUACGUGUAUGGUAACAUUUCUUCCGAAUGUAAAUAGUGAAUCACAGAAAACCAAGAUGUGUAAAACUUCUUUAAACGAUACUAAAGAUUCUAACGAACAGAUAAAAAAACAAAAAACUUAUUCCGAUAUACAGGAAUCAUAUCAAUGUAUCGAGUGUGGAAAAUUUUUUAAAUUAAAAGAUUCUUAUUUAAGACAUAUGAGGAUACACAAGGAUGAAAGGCCUUUUACUUGCCAUGUAUGUGGAAAACAGUUUCGUGAUUCCGGUGGGCUUUCAAGACACUUAAAAGAUGUACACGCAAAGCUUAAAAAUUUUACGUGCGAUAUUUGUGGCAAUUCGUUUGCAUCUAAAGCUACGAGAGAUGAUCAUCGUCGUACGCACACAGGAGAAAGACCUUACAUUUGUGACUCCUGUGGUAAAACAUUUAAAUCUAAAGCUUCACUUUAUAUUCAUAGUAAACUGCAUACUGAUGAGUUCCCACAUCCAUGUAGUUAUUGCAAUAAAAAGUUUCGUAGACGUCAAGAAAUGUUAGCGCACGUAACAACGCAUACAGGAGAAAAGAAUUAUGGAUGCGAUAUAUGUUCGAAAAGAUUCAGAGUCAAAUCUGAACUGGUAAGACAUAAGCUCGUCCACUCUGAAACUAAACCAUUUGUUUGUGUCAAAUGUGGAUUGGCUUUUCGUCAAAAGCGUUAUUUAAAUUAUCACAUUAAAAGCAGGCACGUCGAUUUAUUACAAAUGGAAUAAUGCAUUACAUAAUUUGUUGUAAAUUAUAUGUAUAAACGUAAUGGAUGAAAAAAAAUGUUUUCUUUUUUUAAUAAGAAAUCUUCAAUUUCCGGAACUUGUGCAUUGUUACCUGAAAUAUAAAUAAUUAUAGAUACGUAUAUAUUUAAUAAUGAUACGAUAUAUAUAUUUGAUAGAGUAAACAUUUUGUA